GCGUGGACGAAAUGACGGGAUACGAGAAAGGAAGGGAGAGGUCCGUGAAACCGAGCGAGGAAUCGAACAACGAUGGAGGAUCGAUAGGAUUGUUAGAGACGGAUAGCGGGGAUGUGGUACUUUUUCGGCAGGAAACGCAACAACAACAACAGAGGCAACAACGCCACCAACUUUACCAGCUGCCUUACGAAAAGCAUGGAAGCGAAGAGGGCGGGGACAUGGUGGGCGUGCUGGAGGCGGGACAACAGGAAAUUGAAAAUGGCGCGGUCGCCGAGGCGAGUGACGCCGAACCGGUAGAAAUCCCCGUCUCACCGGAACAAGGAAACGACGUAGACGACGCUUACGGCGUGCAUUCGCUCGGCUUCGACGCUCAGGACCCUCUGGUUCGAGAAAGGGGUUAUCUCGAUCAGGACUCGAACGUGUACGGGGGCGGCGAUUUAGGCGGCGAUUCCUCGUCGAAGCAGGAGGAGCAGCAGCAGCAGCAACAACAGCAACAUAUUUCUCUCCACCACCAUCACCACCAACAACAGCAGCGUCAGCAGCCGCACCACCACCACCACCAUCACCACCACCACCACCACCACCACCACCAUCACCACCACCACCACCACAACAACCAUCACCACCACCAUCAACAGCACCAUCAUCUACAGUCAACGGACACGUCCCAACAACACGCCACGCUCUCCUCGACCAGCCACCGUCACUUGGACGAGCAAGAGGCACAGUCGCAUCAAAAACCGGACGAGGACGUCGUGGAGCGUACGAGCGGAAUCGCGGUAGCGAUGAGCGGCGCCCGUGGAGAUUUCAACCUCGGUAUGCUGUUCCCGAAUCUUGCGAGCACCGGUGCGGCCAGUUCAGCCGGCGAGAUCGGUGGGAACGAUGGCCACCAGCAGCAUAACCGCCACCACCAUCAUCAUCACAAUCAUCACCACUUGGAGGAAGUUUUGCCGGAUGCCGCGUAUCUUCAGCAUCAAAUGCGGGGAGGAGGUAACAAUGGUAACAAUGGAGGAGGCGGCAACGGAGGUGGCAGCGGCGCGGAGGGCAGCGGCGGCAGCGGCGGAGGUGGAGGCGGUGGUGGAUGCUCACCGGCGCUUCGAACCGGUAGCUCACCGGGUUCCGUCAGUCGUAGUCCGCACGAGGAUCAAGAACUUUCGUCGCCUCAUCGCCAAGGGCAGGCAGAGGGAGGAUACAGCCCGAGCGAGCAAGGGAGACAGUCGUACGCUCAUUUGACAGCUAUGCAGCCACCGUCCUCGGUCGGACAGUCGAACCACGGCCUUGGCCAGGACACCGAUCGUGUCUCCGAUCAGAUUUAUAUGGAUUCGAUAUACGCUCACCACACUGUCGGCACGCCUCAUCAUCAUCAGGAGCACGAGCCCGGAUCGUCGACUCCUCACUCGCCCAGUGGGCCGCUUACCAGUUCGUUGUAUCGUUCAAUAAGCGAUGUCAGUAGUAUGACGGCGGCCAGCGCGGCAGGAACAGGAGGCACUUACGGCCUUCCUUACAUGACCGGCAGCCCUACGGAAUUGACUGCUUCGCCUCAGCAAUUGUGGAACGCUCAAGGUCUAGGAACAGGACUUCCCGCUAUUUCAGAAGAUUACGGUGCUAGCAGCAAGUCGACAGGCACGGUGACACAUCAGGCCUUGCCAGGAUUUUCGCAACCGUUCUGCGGUAGGGCGAGUUUUCGAGGAUACAGCCCGUCUUAUCCGACGCAGCAAAGCAAUGCUGGAGUCGGGGCUGGGACUGUGGAACCCUCGUCGUGGAACUAUGGCUCGCCUUCGAACGACACCCUGGCCACCCAAUACGCUGCCCCUUCGAGGCGGCAACCCGUUAACCCUCCGUCGACACCUGCGCAGCAUCAGCUCACAGCUACUGCCAGUCUUAGCGCGAUGCACAACAUCGAGGCGGAAUACUUUACGGAGGGCCGCGAGUGUGUAAAUUGCGGCGCAAUUUCCACUCCGUUAUGGCGACGAGACGGUACGGGCCACUACCUGUGCAACGCGUGCGGUCUUUACCACAAGAUGAAUGGAAUGAAUCGACCUUUGGUGAAGCAGCCACGGCGAUUGUGGCGGACCAGGGCGAUUUCUACAAAGGCUUCUGUGUGUAUAGUGGCACCCGUCGCGCCUUCGAGGAGAAAUCGAGCCGGCGUUUGGUAGGUGUCAUCCCCCAACACAUUCACUCAUUUACUCAUUCACUCAAUCGCUCGCUCAUGCAUAUCUUUCCUCUCUCUCUCUCUCCCCUCUCUCUCUCUCUCUCUCU